AGAAGAACUGAGGUAACAUUGAAGAUGUGAAUGUCUUUGCGCAAAUGAUUGAUGAUGCAGAGGGUCUAGAGAAGAUUGAGAACCUCCAGAGUCAUGACAACAUUGAAAUAUACGAAAAGGCAGUGAAGAUACUUGAAACAUAUUGGUUGGAAGAAGAGGAUGAGCAGCUGCCCUCUGGUGAUACUACACAAUCUGGAUUCAACUCGAAGGUGAACUUCCAGUUCCAUCUGGGGGUUUCAAAUUCGGUUGAAGGAUGUUUCUUUCCUUAUUGGAAGUACUCUAGAUCUGGCUGGUCGAGCUUUUGUUCAGAGUCGAGUUGGCUAUCUGCCUGUAGUGUUUUCGUGUCGGGUCCAGAUGCAAAAUGCUUGAAGAGAUACAGUCUAAAGUAUGUUUGAUCCUCUAUGGUGGCCAAAUAAUGAAGUGGGUCGUGUCAUAGCAUCAACCAGGUUAGAUGGUA